AUGUCGAACGGCAACCUAUACCUAGGAUUUGAUUUUAGUACACAACAGAUAAAGGUUUUGGCUAUUGAUGAUCAACUUAAAGUUCAAUAUGAAUUUGCAGUUAAAUUUGAUGUUGACUUACCUGAAUACAAGACACAAGGAGGGGCUCAUAUUAGUUCAGAUAAAAGUACCGUAACAACCCCUACCAUAAUGUGGGUUCAGGCAUUUGACAUGGUUCUAGAUAAAAUGAAGAAUUCAGAUUUUCCAUUCAGUAAUGUAGCUGGAAUAUCUGGCUCAGGACAGCAACAUGGCAGUGUUUACUGGAAAAGGGGAGCCAAAGAAACGUUGCAAAAUUUGAAUCCCUCAAUGACAUUGAAAGAACAGUUAAAAAACUGUUUUAGUAUUGGUGAUUCACCUAUUUGGAUGGAUUCAAGUACUAGAAAACAAUGUGAUGAUUUAGAGAAGGCUGUAGGGGGAACACAGAAAUUAUCAGAUAUAACUGGUUCUAUAGCAUUUGAGAGGUUUACCGGAAAUCAAAUAGCUAAGAUCUACCAAACAAAAUCUACAGAAUACACAAAUACAGAGCGUAUUUCAUUAGUGAGUAGUUUUGCUGCAAGUCUGUUGAUAGGAUUGUAUGCACCAAUAGAUGAAAGUGAUGGAUCAGGGAUGAAUUUAAUGAAUAUUAAGACAAGAGAUUGGUCUGAGGAGUGUUUAAAGGCUUGUGGUAAAGAUUUAAGAGAAAGACUGGGCUCUAUUGUUCCAUCUAGAACUGUAGUGGGUAAAAUCAGUAGAUAUUAUGUUGAUAGAUAUGGUUUUAAUAUUGAUUGUUUAAUAACAGCAUUUACUGGUGAUAAUCCUUCAUCUUUGGCUGGUAUUGCACCAAAACAAGGUGACAUAAUAUUAAGUUUAGGUACAAGUGAUGUAUUAUUUUUAUGGAUAACUGAUCCCAAUCCAGGAUUAGCUGGUCAUAUUUUUGUUAAUCCAGUUGAUACCAAAGCAUAUAUGGCUUUAUUAUGUUUUAAAAACAGUUCUUUAACCAGGGAAAGAAUAUGUAAAGAAGUUGCUGAUGGAUCAUGGAGCCAGUUUUCUAACAGUCUGAAAUCAACACCAAUGGGUAAUAAUGGUAAUAUUGGUAUAUAUUUUGAUGUUAUGGAAAUACAACCAUUAGCUGUUGGUGUUUACAGAUAUGAUGAUAAAGGUCAACAGGUACCAAGUUUUGAUAAAGAUGUAGAAAUAAGAGCUGUUUUAGAAUCACAAAUAAUGGCCAGAAGAAAUUAUUCUGAAAUGUUGGGUUUUAAUAUAAGUUCUGGCACAAGAGUAAUUGCUACUGGUGGGGCAUCAUCUAAUGUAGAAAUACUGCAGGUGAUAUCAGAUAUAUUUAACUGUAAUGUGUAUGUAAAAGAUGUAGUAAAUUCUGCUAGUCUAGGAGCUGCUAUUCGAGCUAAACAAGGAUGUAUGGGAAAUAAAAGUAAGUUUGAUGAUAUUGUAAAAAAUAUUGAAGAACCAGUGUGUGUGGCUAAACCAACUCCAGGCAGUGAUAAGAUUUACAAUGAUAUGUGUAAGAGAUACAAAAGACUGGAGGAGGAAAUAGCUAAGAAUUUUGUUUGA